AUGAUAUACGGUUCCGAAUGCUGGGCAACGUUGAAGAAGCACGAACAAAAGCUAUACACAGCAGAGAUGAAAAUGCUCCGUUGGGCAGGAGGCGUGACGUGCUUGGAUAAAGUAAUAAACGAAUAUGUAAGAGGUUCCUUCAAAGUUGCGCCAAUAGCCGAGAAGGUCAAGGAGGGGCGACUAAAAUGGUACGGGCACGUCAUGAGGCGAGACGAUAGCUACUCCGUAAAAACAGUGCUGAACAUUAGCACGCAGCGAUCAAGAGGCAGAGGUAGACGGCUCGCCACUUGGUGGUACACUGUCAAAAGAGACCGAAAAACUCAGAAUAUCCCAUUGUUGACAACCCAGGACAGACCGGCCUGGCGCAAACGCACAAGAAGGCCCGACCCCAAAUGA